ACACACACACACACACACACAAAUUCUGAGCGAGAGAGAGAGAGCGAGAGACCUCCUCCAUCCCAUUGGCUGCUGAAACUUGUUGGAGCUUGUCUUGAAAAAGAAGAGGCUCCGAAGAACCUAUCGAUGGUCUCGACCUGCCCCCCUUGCGCAAGUCCGCCAGGGUGCCGAAGUGGUCCUGCCUUGACACCGUGUCUGACGCAUGACGGAAUCCACGUGGGCCCACGCAGCUCCCGACGCCAACUUUCCCGCACGUCCUUGAAUGCCGCCGCAUGCAUUCUGCUGUCUUCACCACAUUGGACCUCUCAAAUCGCGGACAAUGACGACCUUACCGGGAACCGUGCCGCGGAUGAUGCGCCCGGCCUCUGGACAGAACUACCCAAGGACCGGCUUCCCUCUGGAAGUGUCCACACCUUUAGGUCAGGGCCGAGUCAAUCAGCUGGGGGGCGUCUUCAUUAACGGUCGGCCCCUGCCCAACCACAUCCGGCACAAGAUCGUCGAGAUGGCCCACCACGGGAUCCGACCCUGCGUCAUCUCCCGACAGCUGCGGGUCUCCCACGGCUGCGUGUCCAAGAUCCUGUGCCGCUACCAGGAGACCGGCUCCAUCCGGCCCGGGGCCAUUGGAGGCAGCAAGCCCAGGCAGGUCGCAACGCCCGACGUGGAGAAGAGAAUCGAACAAUACAAGAGCGACAGCCCGGGAAUAUUCAGCUGGGAGAUCCGAGAUAAAAUGCUCAAGGACGGCGUGUGCGACAGGAGCAGCGUCCCUUCAGGUGAGACAUUCGCUGUGAGUUCCAUCAGUCGAAUACUGAGAGCUCGUUUUGGGAAGAAGGACGAGGACGACGACGAGUGCUUCAAAAAGGACGAAGAGGAGGACAAGAAAACCAAGCACAGCAUCGAUGGCAUCUUAAGAGACAAAGGCAGUCGAAUGGAUGAAGUGUCAGAUGUGGAGUCGGAGCCUGAUCUCCCCCUCAAGAGGAAGCAGCGCAGGAGUCGCACCACGUUUACAGCCGAGCAGCUGGAAGAACUGGAGAAGGCUUUCGAAAGAACCCACUACCCUGAUAUUUACACAAGGGAGGAGCUGGCCCAGAUGACCAAACUCACUGAGGCACGGGUGCAGGUGUGGUUCAGCAAUCGCAGGGCCAGAUGGCGAAAACAAGCAGGAGCCAAUCAGCUAACAGCUUUCAACCCUCUGUUGCCGAGCGGAUUUCCCCCCACAGGGAUGCCAACACUUCCUACAUACCAACUGGCAGACUCCAGCUACCCAAGCAAUAUUUUGUCCCAAGAUGGCGGAGGUACAGUUCACCGGCCCCAACCGCUACCUCCGUCCACUAUGCACCAGAGUGGUCUAUCCGGAAAUGACAGCUGUUCCACCUAUGGUUUAGCUUCGAAUCGCCACGGGUUUUCUGGCUACUCCGACACCUUCAUGACAUCUGCACCGAGCAGCCACGUCAACCCGGUCAGCACUGGGCUUUCCCCGCAGGUGAUGAGCAUCCUGAGUAACCCGAGUGGCGUUUCGUCCCAAGCCCAGCACGACUUUUCGGUGUCGCCGCUCCACAGCAUGUUGGAAGCCCCUCCACCCAACGCCGUGUCAGCCCCCGGCAGCCAGCGUUCCACGGAGGCCUCCAGUAAGACGGCGGACAGCCUUUCGUCUUCCCAGUCCUACUGUCCCCCAACGUACAGCGCUACCAACUACAGCGUGGACCCGGCUGUGGCUGCCGUGGGAUACCAGUACACUCAGUAUGGCCAGACUGCUAUGAAUUGUCUGGCCAAGAACGUGGGCCUGUCCAGCCAGCGCAGGGUGAAGCUGUCUGACCAUUCGGGUGUUUUGGGACUCCUGCAGGUGGAGACGGGUCAGGCUUACUAGUCCUAAUGUGACCUCAUCAGCACAACAACACCUGCAAUACUAUCACCUUCAUUAUACCGUUAUGUCAAGAGAAUAAUUGUGAGCUACACAUGCAAUCAGUUUGUUUGAUGUUAUGACAUUAAAGUCACAAGUCCAAGUACCAGCUUUUGUCAUUUGGAACGGGAACAUUUCAGCAAAUCUUUACAUUUUAGUAUAUAUUCAAACAUAUUUUUAAGUUGUUCCAUGAAGCCAUAGUGGCAUUUGUAAAUGGCUGUGGAACAGCCGCUAACAAGUGGAGAUUUUUUUUUUUUUUGGUGAACAAAAUACUUUGCUCAGUUACAAUCAAUGGGACGGACGCAUACUUGGUGUCCACAAAUUUGAAUUUGGAAUUGUCAAAUAAAUGGAAAUGCAACCAAUAAUUGUUAUGAUGAGAAUAUAUAUUAAAAAAAAAAAAAAACAUUUGGGGAAUUUGAAACACAUUCAACUCACAUGGACAUCCUUGUUUUGGUUUUUAAUUUUAAUAAUCAUCUUUAGGUACCUGAAUAUCGGUAUAAUACUCUGUGUCAAAUUAUUGUUAAAAAAAUGUAUAUCUUUGUAAUAUAUUGUCAUCUUAUUAAGAAAUGUCAUGUCAAAUUUUCUUUUUUUUUUAAAAUGUUUUUAUGUGAGAUUCAUCAAAUGUAGUUGUCAAAAAGACACUACAAAUUUUCCAUUUUGGACAUGAUUACAUUCUCGUAAAGAAAAAAGCAGAUGAAAUUUUCAUUAUGAUUAUUAUGGUGGUCAAAACCACAUUGGCUUGUCUCAACUGUGUCCUUUGUAAUCCAUCCUCAAGUUAUUUCUUCAGUGUUGACAUUGACGCAUUUUGUGUGGAUCAAACAGACAUCAAUUGUCUUCUGUAACUAUGCUCACCUUUGAUUAUUUAAUAAAAAAUGAAAUUUGAUUAAAUGUGUUCAUAAUGUGUCCAUAUUUGUCUACUUUGAUUACAGGCACCCUAUGUGAUGUUUCAUUUCGGGAAUGGGAGUUAAUAAUCUGAUUACGAGGUGUGUCAGAAAGGUUCCAGGAGUGGUGUCACGAAAGAUAGAUUUCAAAUCCAAACUACAAGCUACAGGUUUCGCCAACUGCCUGUCUAUUAUCAGACAUGGGUCCUCGGGACCUUUUCGUGCAUCCUGAUAGACAUCAAUUGAACUUCGUGUCCAUUGGAUAUGUAUCUGAAGGGAAGUCGUAUUUGUUUGGUAAUACUGUAUGUUAAUCCACACCACUUGUGGGAAGUAACGAAGUACUAAUACUUUGUAACUGUACUUUUUCAAGUAACUGUACCUUACUUCAGGAUUGAUUUGUCUGAUUACUUCUUACUUUUAUCUCCUAGAUUUUAAAACAGAUGUGAUUUCUACUUUUUACUUUGUCAAACUAGGCUUGUGACUUUUUUCAAACACCGGUAAGGAUGACAAGGGGGGAAAAAAAAGGUUGUAAUUAGGUAGUUGUAAAAUCAACGGUGGUUGAGAUUUGGAUUGGUUGAUUGAUUGAUUGAUUUGAUUUGAGAUCUUGGGGAUGUAUAAGGCAGAAAAAAAACAUGCACACCAGUGACUUGGAGUGAACCGUGAAACAGGGAGCGUGAACGAUGACGCAACAGAUUUGGAGUUUCGAUCAGAGCAUAUUACUCCAAUUGUAAGGUCUUCACACUGGCUCCCAGUCAGCUAGCCUAGAGAAUAGAUUUUAAAGUUCUGCUCCUGGUCUAGAAAUCACUGAAUGGCCUAGGGCCUGAAUACAUGAAAGAAAUGCCCCAGUAGGGCUCUGAGCUCUGCAGACGCAGGUCAGAUACUGUAAUGUAGUUCAGAUCUAGUUCUGGGCAAACAUGGUGAAGCAUCAUUUAGCUGUUAUGCUGCACACAAACGGAACAAACUGCCAACAGAAGUGAAGUCAAUAUCAAGUGUGGCUGUUUUUAAAUUCAGGUCCACGUUCUAAAGAAUUUUUAAAACUUUUAUCUGCACUGUAUGUUCUUUUACAAGUAGUUAAUUUGAGUAAUCUGUAUUUUAUUUCUGUAUAUUUAUUACUUCUGUAUUUUUAAAAAUUGCUUUUAAAUGUUGUACUUUAAAUAAUGUAAAGGAUAUUGACUUACAUUUUGUAAUUAAUGUGUGAUAUUAAUAAA